AUGGAUCUGCGGUCGUAUAUUCCGCCAUUUUUGGUAGAGUCCAGUCAGUCUGCUGAUUAUCAUCAAACUGUUACCCGGAAACGAAUGGAGCGUUUUUCUUCAAGCGGACAGCUUCUUUCGGUUACCGACGUGGUGAGAAAGUCAUAGAAUGUUUCGACAAGAGAUGACCAAAUUGAGAAAACUACAAACUUUGACCCGCCGCGUGUUGAUGUUCGUCGUCAGCGAGCGCCGUCAUGGAAUCCUGAAUCUCGUUCGGAAAGACAUGUGCGAGAAGAAUAUCGCAUACCUCGACCAAUCAUUGAGCGGAAUCAUCCCAUAAGACGUGAAAAAGAGACUAUUUCCAAGACAUGACUUAUUUCAGGAGUGGAAGAUGAGAAAGACUCCUUGCCACAGUCAACGUGGAAAACCAGCGACUCUUUUGUACGCAAGUCUUCCAUACUGAAGUAAAUGGGGAUCAUUUUCACUAUAAAUCUCUUGUUUUGGAUUUCCAGGACUUCAUCAAGCAGAGAUGGAUCCGAAUGGAGCAGGAGUUACAAUUCACCAAAAGUGGAAUGGCGAGAACCGCUGGACUGUCUGAUCGACAGGCUGAACAGGCUCAGGAUGGCUGCAGGAUGUGAAACUUUGGAACCAUCCAUAAGACUCGCGGAUAUUUCUACAAGAUGGGCUCGUAUGCUCGCUCUUCGGGGCGAAUUCAGGUUUUUCUAAUUCAAAUCCAUAUUUCAACUGGAAGGUCAUUUCACUUAGCAGUUGGGAAUUUCUUGAAAAUAAGCCAGAGCAAUCCUUGUUGUACCACAUGAAGAUCCUGAAAGUGUCAACCUGCAAAACUUUCUACUUUAACAGAAAAAAAAGCCGAAAGUUCCAAAGAAACCAAUUUUUAUAAGUUUUGGGGGUUUCCUUUAACUUAGAGUUUCUCAGAAACGAGGAUGUUGUGUAGGUAAAAGCUUUCAAAAUAGUUUUCUGGUGCAUCAAGGAGCGUUCUGACCAAUUAAAAAAAAAUCCCAACAGCAAAGUGAAAUGACCUUUUUGUUGGAAAAAAACUGAAAAAAACUGCUUUUGAUUUAAAAAAACUGAAUACAAAAAAAGUAAGCAUUUUUGUCUUUCAUCGGAAAGAUAUGAAAUUUGAGUGAUUUCUGACGUCAUUUCACAGUUGCUUCCUUCUACAAUUCAUUUGAAUUGCAAUGAAAACUAUAUUUUAGAGAAAAAAACCGGUCUUGAUUUUUUUCGGAGAUUUAAAAAAAUCUUUCUCUUUUUAUUCCAUGAAACCAUCGAUUAAGAACAAAAAAAUUAAUUUUUCUCAGUUUUUUUUGAAAGUCGCAAGUUUGAAUAAAAAAACUUGAUUUGAUAAAAAAAUGUUUUUUUCUCGCUGAUUUUUGCAUCAAAAAUUUUCAAAAAUUUUUUUGUUCAGCAAUUGGAUCAUAACUAUGAUUUUUUUCGUUAAGAAAGAAUUGAUUAUGAACUUUUAAAUAAGUCCUUUGUAUUCGUAAAAAAAUGAUUCACUUUUAUCGGAAAAACUUCUUUCGACUAUAUCCGACGCCUUAUUAUUUCUGAAAAACUUUUGCCUGACUCUCAAAAAAACCUUUGCCAGAUUUUUACUCUUGAAAUUACUAACAGAGCUUUUUAACAAAUCAAAACUAACAUAAGAGCCGUCGCAUUACUCGAAUAAGGAACCUGUAAAUCUGUCUGACCUCUCAUCCCUCUCUUCGCCAAAAAACUGUUCUAUCUCGUUUCAUCACCACGCUCCGAGUCGGUACACGCGACUCCUUGAAUACCCACGGUUUUUACUCCAUUUGUUCGAUCAACUAAUUGUUUCUCCAGUCACAGAAGAGGCCUAUUCUGUGACUGGAGAAAUAAUGGUAGUGGGCGAGAGGUUUCCUCGUGAACCUCUCUUCACGAGGAAAUCUCCCUCCAGAACAAUUUUGUUACAAUAAGUUUGGCAUAAGUCAAACGAAAAUCUUUAUAGGAUCACGAACUGAUGAGAGUUUGUUUGAGUAAUCAGAAAUAGUGGAAAAAUAAUUCUGUUAAUCGAUUUUAAUUUCUAACAACCGAAAAAUCAGCAUUUUGGUUUCACUUUCCCUUUUUCUGGUCUUCUAUCAACCUGAGAUGAUCAUUUUCUGUUACUAAUUACAGCCAAUAAGAACCGAAAGAGUUUGGAUCUUAUCUGGAAUUUCAAUUAUUCCUGAAAAAAAAUGCUGUUUCCCAUAAAAUCAUUUUAGAAGCGAUCCGAGCCGUUACAUGAACAUUUGGAUGGGAUCCAGAGUGAAUGACACGAUCGCCGACACCUGGUGGGACGAGGCCGAAGAGUUCGGAACGGCCAACUACCUGGCGGAUCGACAUCUCGAAUGGGUCGGCGUCGCCAGUGCCUACUCAGAUUCACACCAGCAGUUCAUUGUUGUCGCCACCUUCGAAUAA